AUGGGUUUGAGACCAACUAAAGAAGUAAAAAUAAACGGUGAGACAUUCGAAGGUAAGACUGUAGUGUGUGUAGGUGCCAAUGCUGGAAUUGGGUUGGCAAAAUGCGACUAUCUUGUAGAGAACAAGGUUUCAAGGCUUAUUAUGGCAUGUCGCUCAACCGAUAAGGCAGAAAAAGCGCGUCAGGAAGUUGUCAAAAAGAUUAAGAACGAUAGUACCACUGUUGAAGUUUGGAAAAUCGACCUCGCUUCUUUAUCCUCAUGCAGGGAAUUUGCCAGCAAGUGGAAUGCAAAUCCUGAUAAUAAGAUCGACAUACUCUAUUUGAAUGCCGGUUUGAUAGCACCGAACGCGAGUCUGAUAACAAGCGAGGAUGGCUUAGAAAUGACAUAUGCUUGUAAUGUGUUGGGUCAUUUGGCUGUUAUCGAGCAACUUCUCCCAUCACUUGCUUUAUCAGACGAUCCACGCAUCAUUUUCACUGGAUCGAGUGGUGCAAAAAUGUCUACUCUCCCUGAUCACCCAGGUUCUAACAAGAGAACACCAUUGAGAGAUGCUUGGUCUAUUGGUAGCUACGUAUUGAACGCAUUCAACAUAUACACCGAUACAAAGUUAUUACUCGCAAUGGUUGUACGUGAACUGCAAGAGAGUUUCAAAAACCACCCGGACGAGAAAUACAGGAAAAUUUUCGUAGCAAACUACCAUCCUGGUUUUGUCAAAACUACGAUCUCUAACAAGGAUCACUACGGUUUAUCAUCACUAUUGUCAAUACCAGUCGACUUUCUCACUAAUAGAUACGCUAUAACCCCAGAAGUUGGUGCCAGACCGGGUUUAUACCUUGGUAGUGCCUCAAUCGAACAGCUUCCAGGUGGUGAGUUUUGGGAUGAAAAUGCAGAACCUGCCAGUCUGACUGCACAAUAUGACAAUGAGGCGCUUAGAAGGGAAUACUUCGAAAGAUGCAUAAAGGACGCUGGAAUUAAUCCAUCUACAUUCCCAUUACCUUAG